GUAGACAAUCAAUCAUGGCGGCAUUUUUGUGUGUUUUUUGUACUUUAAAUAUUAUUUUACUGUCUGCCGUAGUUUAUUCUUCUGAUUAUCAUUAUUUUACAGCUGUUUACUUAGAAACUGGAAAAAAUUAUAAUAGAACUAGUGAAAUAGAUAUAUAUUGCCACAGAGGAAUUGAAAAAGCCAUUUCAAACACUUGGAGGAGUGUUUAUCUUGAUUUUCGAAAAUUAUCAUCUGAUUCUAAAUUCUUUGGAGGAGAAAAUACAAGUGAUGUAUUAAAGCAGUAUGUUGAUCAUAAAGCAUCAUGGUUUUCUUUCUGGAAAUUUUCUUCUAUACAAUUCCCUGUUUUCAAUAAUUAUUGUAUUGGCAUUUAUAGUGAAGAUGCAUAUGAAUUUCAAUUUGUUGACAUUUAUAUAAAUUUUUGGAGAUUGUUACAAGUAUUUGUUGGAAUACUAAUAUUUUUUUCUGCUUCAAAUUUAAGCAGGUAAGAUUAUCUUUAUUAUGCAGCAGGGAUAAGCUUUGGAGUAUUUGCCUCUUUUCUGAUAAUAGUUUUUCUUAUUAGUAGAAUAACACCAAAAAAAGUUGGUGCAUACAGUAUAUUAAUCUUUGGAUGGUCACUGGUGCUUUAUUUAUUACAACUGAUAUGGGAAAACGUAAAGUCACUUGUAGAAUCAUACAGGGAAUUUCUAAUAGCUUACUUUAUUAUUAUUGCUGUAAUCAGUAGUGCUGUUUGUUAUUAUUAUGGACCAGUCACAAACCAUAAAACAUUAAAUCUGAUUCAGUGGAGUUUGCAGCUAAUAGGAUUAUCCAUAAUUUUCUUCAGUUCUGAAUUCAGAGAAGUACCAACAGUAAUUAUCAUUACAAUUAUUACAAUACAUGUAUUUCCACAAAAAUGGUUGAUAAGAGUGAAGCAAAGAGGCUGGAGGAGAUGGUUUCCACCAAAAGUAAAAUUAUUAACAGAAACUGAAUAUAUACAACAAGCAAAUGAAGAAACAAAGAAAGCUUUGGAAGAAUUAAGAAAGUAUUGCUGCAGUCCAGAUUGCAAUGCUUGGAAAACAUUAAGGAAACUAAAUAACCCUAUCAGAUUUGCACAAUUUGUAGAAGGAGAUUCUCAUCUAACAGAUCAAGAAAUUUUGGAUUAUGAUUCAGAAUCAUUGCUGAAUUGUGCAGAAGAAAAUGAUAGAUAUGAAAACUCCUCAGAUGAAGAUACACCUCAUACAUCAUUUUACAGGAACCAUAAUAGUUUAUAACUUAUGAUGUAAAAAUGAUUUUUUUUAUGUCAUAAAUUUGUUGAAUUUUUGAAUCUAAGAACAAAAUUUUAUUUGUAAUAAAACCAGUCAUUUUUAAUAUUUUUAUUUA